AUGAUCCGGAGCGAGAGCCCACCGUCGCUUCACAAGAGCCUUCCGGCGCCACCGCGGGACAUAGAAGAGAGCCUGGAGGAGGGUAGAAACACGUUUCAUAUAUACAUCGACGAGAAUACAGAGAGCCCCGCUCAUGCGCAGCCAACUAGAACCGCAAACAUCGAAACCUCGCCUCGGUUACGACGGAAGCAGUCCAUACCGGAAGACGAGUGGCGUCUUAUGGGGGACUAUCGGACACCUCGGAAUGCUAUUCCUAUAGCUAUGCCAGGCGCGCUUUAUCACAAGCCUAAAGGUCCGAACUUUCAACCUAUGAACACCUUGAAAGGCUCCAACCGCCCCGCUACACAGCAAAUUCCCAGGCGCCCAGGCUACGGCAAAAAGACCUCACACGCCUUUUCUCCGCAGACACUCGCAUUCGAAACCCACCGGGGUGACAAUGUGCCUCCUCAGGAAACUUAUCACGACUUUCCCGAUCGCGACAACACGUCCACGAAGCGGCGAAAGAUCCAAGACCGACCUACCCGCGAGCCACCGACUAGCUCACCAGUCCACGUUCUCGACUCAGACGACGAAGUGGCUCCACCGGAAAGUAUCCAGAACCGAACCGUGACACGGGUCCCUCCUAGUGUUUUCUCAGCCACCGCGCCCCGAACGCAACCCAGCCAUGCCUCGAAUAGGAAGUCUCCAUUGGAAUCUUUUGGACUACAAAGCGAGUUCCGCGAAGUCAAUGGAAGAGUCGAUCCACGUCCAGCCAAGAAACAAAGGGUUACCGUUUUCGAGAAGAAUCUCCCUAAAUCUGAGCUGGCUGUGUCGAAGGCUGUAAAGCCCGCUAGGCGAGCGCCUCAGUCUUCACCUAUCGUUGUCGAGGAUGACUCAACCCAACCAGAUUCUCGCGGAACGGACCUGAGUAAAGGAUUAUCACUCAUCCUCAAGGAUGCGGAUCGGAGGCCAGUCAGGGAUGAGACCAGGGAGAGGCAUCACGACACUAUGUCGCCAUACUUCCUCAAUGGCGGUUCUGAAGUUGCCGAGUCCGCACCCCGUGAAGCCAAGACACCAAGUACCAACGGCAAGUUGAGACGCCCAAGACCGCUCAAUGGAGAGCGUUCCCCUCCUCUGCACUCCGUCAAAGACCGUCAAAUGGCUGCAGCCCAAGCAGCAAGAGCUGCAAGGGAGGCAAAUGCUUACGACAGCCCUGAUGAGCUGCAGUCUAACAUCACGGUUGGCUCCUCAUCCGCUACUGUUCGGCCCCCCGUGGAAAUAGUAAAUGCCCAGGCUCAGUCGCCGCAGAAGAAUCUGACACAUCGACUGUCCAUAUCGCCAGAGCCUGCACCGAAGACAGUCCGCUCGCCCAACGACAUACAAAGAACCGAGUUCGUACGGUCAAGAAAAGUGGCUAUCGACCCUCCUGCUGUGAAGCCGAAGAGUCGGCGCAAAAUCGAACAGCCGCCUAUCGUCUGGCCACUUCUGAUUUACGGAGCAGAUGGACUUACACUUGUUCGUGAAGAUUUACAGCUGCACUGGUACACGGAUCGACGACUAGGGGUUGUCACUGUGGACGAGCAACCUCCAAAUUUUGAAGAUACUGCAGCUUGCAUAUAUCCGCGGAAGAUUCAAAGGGCCGUUAGAGGCCCUCCUGACUGCGCUAAAGUCCAACUGUCUGGAUCGAGAGGUCAGGACGUGUCCUACAGUCGCGACUUAGCCUUCGCCCAACCGAGCGACCUCAACGAGUUCAUGACCAAUCUGGAGGAUGCGACGAAGGGGACCCUAAGGAUAGUUGCCAAGCCAAAUGGUGCAAUGAACAAGCACUUUAUUAACAUCUCCGCAAAUCCGUACCAAGAGGUUGGGAGUGUGGACGCUCCUGUUGAUGAGGGCGAAGAGAUAAAAUUAUUGAAGCAGAGGGUGCACAACACUGCAACCAAAGCGGGAGGGCUAGACGUAGGGCAAGAACCAUCAUUUCAACCUGCGAAACCGAAGCUCAUCUCCCAAAUGCGCGUCGAUGCGCAAGAUCCGAAACCACCCUUAAGCUCAGCAAGAAAGAACACUGGAUCCGCUCGUCUGAACGCGGUAGCCGCUGAUCUUACAGGCUAUCGAAGGGACGUGCCCGACAGAGCGACUAUUUCUCAAGGAUCCCCUGUCAGACGCUCUUCUACGCGCACUACGUCCUCUAAAGCAAUUGUAAAGCGGCAGAAGUCGCCCUCACCAAGCCUCAUUGUCGACCCCUGUGAGGAGAAGUAUUCACUCGCUCAUGGACUAGGUCCAAAGUGGGAGCAGCCAGUAGUCUUUUCCCUUACAGGUCGCAAACGGGCAGUUGUCGAGUUCGAGGAUCUCGAGCGGCUCGACGACGGAGAGUUUCUCAAUGACAACAUUAUCUCGUUCUACAUUCUGCUGAGAGAGCACGAAGCACGGCAACGGGGGCUUUCGGAGAGGACAGUCUAUUCGUUCAAUACGUAUUUCUACUCACAACUCGCGCCCAAAGGACAGAAGGGUAUCAACUACGCUGCUGUGCAGAGAUGGACCGCGAAGGAUGACCUAUUCAACUACGACUACAUCAUCGUGCCUGUGAAUGAGGACGCGCAUUGGUAUGUAGCAAUCAUCUGCAAUCUGCCGAACAUCAGUCGGGUCUUCCAUUCCGGGCCGAAAGAGGAUGAUGUCUCUUCCGCCAAGGACCCGGAAGUUGAAGAAGUCGGUAGUCGCAUAAUCACAGCCACGUCCUCCCCUGUGCGGACCGCGAAGUUCGAUGAUGCGGAUAACGACGCGCAGCCUCAAAAGAAUGGUGUACUCGAAGAUGCGGUUUCUCGGAUGAGCAUCGACUCUGACAACGAGGAUGGGCAUCGAGAGCCAACCGACAAGGGACCAAGACCCGCUGCCGCUGAAGCCAUUGGACCUCCCCAUGAAGAAAGUGCAGAGUGGCCAGACCCUACCGAGAACGAGCCACCGAGAGCUUCAUCACCUUUCAGAUCCGAGGACGCGGCUGAAGAGACCAAAUCUGCCAAACGGGCUAAGAAGUCACCUCGGAAGAAGCAGAAGCCGGUGGGAAAGAAGUACGAUCCUAGCGAUCCUGUCAUCAUCAUCCUUGACUCUUUGGGUGUUGCUCACAACAAAACUGCGAGAAACCUGAAAGACUACAUCAUUGAAGAAGGCAAAGCUAAGCGAAGCCUGGACAUCGACAUCAAGGACCUCGAAGCCAUGACCGCAAGGAACAUCCCGCUGCAAGACAACUUCUGCGACUGCGGCCUGUUCCUGCUCGGCUAUGUCGAGAAGUUCCUGCAGAAUCCAACCGAGUUCGUGCGGAAGGUCUUGACGCGCGACAUGGAUGCCGACAAAGACUGGCCAGAGAUGGAUCCGCGACAGAUGCGCCACAACAUCCGGGAGAUCCUCCAGCAAGAGUAUAGGAAGCAGGCAGAUGCCCGACUGGCCGAGAAGGAGAAGCGGAAAGCGGAGUUGAAACGCAAGAGGCGGGAGAAGGAGCAGCUCGCAAACGGUGCUGCGGCUCAACCCACAUCAUCUCAACCAGCACCUGACGCUCCUCCGAAUUCCCAGCCGGCGCCGGAGCAACCCAAGGCGCCGGAGCGGAUCAAAGCGCCAGAGCAACCCAAAACACCAAAAGCAGCGCCGACGCCACCACCCUCGAAGGUGCAUCCAGACGUUGUAAUCUACCACACGCCCGCCAAGCCGAAGGUUCGCAAAGCGCCUGUUACGUCCGAGUCCAACCCGACCAAACCCCGCCAGAAGCCACUACCUCAAGCCCCGGAAACGGCUGAAGAACAAACCCUGGUUGGAAGACUUCUCGCCACGCUUAAUUCCCAGCAGGAAGACGAUGAGAUGCUCGACCAGCCGCAAGAACCUCGCCCGGAGCAUGAAGAAUCCGUGAUCGAGAUCCCAGACUCUCAGCCCUCGCAGCGUGGCCAGGUGUCGCCGGAGAUGUCGUUCAGGGGACAGCUGAACCCGGCGGUGACGCCUGGUGACCGUAAGGGAAGGAAGCGGAGCCGCGAGUUGACGUGA